GAGUUGGCUCCUACGUCUCCCAGCCAGAGUUGAAUCGAACCGAAAGUACCACCUUCGUGGCAAUACCUGUCCAUAACAAACACAAGAUUAAAUUGGCGGGAGGGUCGACGCACGUGCAAAGGAAAGCCGCUCGAAGAAAAGGCGGCCGUGCGAGUCAGUUAUAUCGCUCUUGACGAGCUCAUCCGUCCACUUCGAUUCGCAUCGAGAGCUUCCAGGCGUCGGAGCUUUUGGAACUGCCCGAGACCACUGCAGCAUUGCACCCAGCUCCACCUGCCAGCCGCCAGAGACGGAGACGCGAAUUUCCCGUCGUGCCCUGCUGUUUCCCAAGGAUCAAUAAGGAUCGCCCCUUCUUUCACGUCUUGCAAGGGCUGGAGAGGCAGGCGACUUUAGUUCGCGAUAGAACAGCGCACUGACUGCUGGGUUUGAAUAAGGCAACGACCCCCCGAUCGACAGGCGUGUGUGGGCCCCCCUGAGCCGAGUACGAAGCACAGGGAGCCUAAAUGUCAAGGUCAUACAGUACUGAGACUCCGUACCGCCGCUCUCAGUCUGUCACCAGCCAUUCGCAGCAGCAUCGCGGCACUCCCGUGCUGGAGGAUCAGAACUAUAUGAACGCAUUUAGCCCGCCGUCCAACGGCGUCUACGUCAUGGAGACGCCACAGGAACACAACAGCGACGCGGCCCCCGAUGGACGGCGCUCCAUGCGUCAACUGCCGCCUGUGGACCAGAACGGUUCGUUCCGACAGCGCCACGGCACACGUGGCACUUCCGGCGGCUUCGUUACUAUGGACAACAGCAGCACCAUCAGCAGCUCCAGCGGCAACUACAUUGACGCUAUGAGCCUUAACAAUACUAUGAGUGCCACAGCACAGCAGCCUCUGAUCUCGACACCGCGCGCCAUGCAGAAGAAUAUCGUCCGCGUGAUCGACAAGGACAUGACACAGCAGUUCCGUGGUCGCUCCAAGUCCGUGGGUCAGGGUCGUAUCCGCUGGUUCGAGAACCGCAAGUCACAGCUGCUCGGUUUCUGCCUUACGAUGGCGUUCCUAGGAGUGUCUGUGGCCAUGUACAACUACCGAUGGACGGGACUUAUUGCAGGUUCGGUCAAUACGAUCAUCUGUGGCUCGGCCGUUGUGAUCACGUACUGCCGCAAGAAACAAUGGCAUCAACACCCGAACCCAAUUGUGCACAAUCGCUCCGUGCUGAGUAUCUUCAUGGCAAUCUGUUUGCUAUUGAACGUGCUGGUGGACUUCGACCCUAGUGGUUCCAAUACUGACUGCCAACGACUCGCAGGUAUCACGGAAUUCUUCUUCUUUACAGGCGAGGCAUGGGGUCUCGUUAUGGCUUGCGAUCUUUUCUUCUCACUUACGAGUCCGUUCACGAGCUACAAGCGAUUAAUGAAGUUCUACCACCUGUGGGUGUGGCUGGGAGGUAUCACGAUGGGUGUCAUCACGUACUCUGUGCAAGGCGCUGGUGGUUUCUUCACUGUAGACGGUCAGUCUAUGACGUACGAGUCGGAUACUGAUACGGUUAUUGGAUUUUGCCUUGCGUCGUCGAGAAUUUGCUGCGACUCUGGUGAAACUUGCCCCGACGAUGUGCAGAAGUGCUCGACCACCGCGAGCUUCCUGAACGCGCAGAAAUGGCCCUGGAUUUUGAUUUACGCCUUCGUGCUUCUGGUGCUGUUUGUGUCUGUGUGCGUUCUGACGCUGGCUUGGCACCGACUUUACCUGCGCGGUGUCCCUAAAACGUACAACAUCCGACUACGUGUGCUUAACUACAUUUCCUUUUUCACCGGUGCCUACGUGUUUUACUGGCUCCUCCUGUUGCUGCUGUACAUGUGCGCGUACUUCCUAUCGACAAAGAGCGAUACGUCGAACUCGAAGGCCGUUGCGCAGGUGCUGCGUCAGUUGGUCAUCUUCCUUAUCUCGUCCAAGGGAUACCUGGACUAUGUGAUUUGGUUCGCUGUGAACAAUAUUGAGCGGAAGGGUGGAAAUGGACGCGAUGAAUCAGCAGAUGUGGACGUCGAUUUGAGCCCGCAGGUGAACACAGCCCUACGCUCGGAGAUUUUGUACUACACUACGUCAGGUAUUAAGGAAUCCGUCCGUGCUGUGACCGACGAGUUGAUCUCCAUUCCCAUCUCCGGUGAAAGUGAAGCGGGCAAGUCCAUUAAAUUCUGGUCGUUCUGUCCUGCUUCGUUCCGUAACAUUCGACUGACGUUUGGCAUCAGCGACGCCGACUACAUCCAAAUGUUCGGCGCCACCACCAAGGAGCGAUUCAGUGAAGGUCGCAGUGGUGCUUUCAUGUUCUACACGUCAGAUGAAAGUUUGAUUGUCAAGACGAUGUCCCCGGAAGAGUGUGCGUUCUUGCGCAAGAUAGCACCCAACUAUGAGGCCUACAUGACCAGCAACCCUGACACACUCUUGACGCGGUUUUACGGCUGCCACUCCGUCUCGUUGUACGGCAAAAUGUACUACUUCGUGGUCAUGGGUAACCUGUUUGCGGACACAGACGUUGUGCACCACCGGUACGAUAUCAAGGGAUCGUGGGUGGAUCGUAAUGCAAAGGUCCCGAGCCCUGGUGACAAGACCGCGUGUCGUUACUGUAACGCAUCGUACACGUUCGGUAGCACCAAGAAUCAGGAAUGCGGUGACGGUAUGAACUUCCACGAGCCCGAUAUCGUCCUCAAAGAUAACGACUUGAUGACCAAGAUCCGUAUCGAUCCAGCCACUGCACACCGCAUCUACGACCAAAUCCACAAGGAUAGUGACUUCUUGUGCUCACAGGGCAUCAUGGAUUACAGUCUACUCAUGGGUAUUCAAAGCUCCGAGUACUUUGUCGACACGAGCCAGCUGCCGCAAGCUCGCCGCGGAGUUCUCUUCACGCAACCCGCAACGAGUGUGGCUGGUCCGUCACUCUACCAUUUCGGUAUUAUUGACUUCCUGCAGCAGUGGACGUUGGAGAAGAAAAUGGAGCGCUUUUACAAGACAUUCUUCAAGCGUAAAGACCCCGAAGGUGUCUCUGCGUUGCCCCCGAAGCCGUACAAGUUCCGAUUCCAGCAGAAGAUGUCGCGUAUCUUCGCACUGUCGACCCACACUCGUGCCGAGAAUGACACGGCGUUCAACCACAAUUACCCGGCGCUUAUUGACGUGCUGGACCAGGGCAACUUCGACAACCAACGGCACAACACGUUCAUCAAUAACUCAGUGGUGGACCAGCGACCGGUCUUCAACCCGGACUUGCAGCAGGACAUCCGUGCGGUGUAGAUAUCCCCAAAGCGUAAUGAGUUAAGCAAGGGGCCAGGAAUGUGUUGCGAAGCGAGCGCCACAUUACUUGGAAACCCCACUUUUGAUAAGUAGGAGAAGAGAAAGAGAAUCAUUUUAUAAUACUCGUCGUGUUCAUGAGUAGAAGUAUUACUCGUUGAAUAGUGAGUGAAAGUGCAGAAUUUCGAUACAAA